CAACCAUCAGCCUUCCCUUAGCAUCCAAGUGACUCUUCAACACAGUGUCCUUGAGCCAGGACGAGCCUACCGGUUUCACAGUGCACAAGAAAUGGCAAUCUGCUUGGAUAGUUUCCCCGGAUGAGCCAUUUCAACGCCUUGUCUCCAGCCUUUGGCCCAAUGUACCCCAGCAGCCUUGGACCAUUAUGAACAAGUGUCACCUGCUUUUCGGGGUAAUCAACAGCGAUUUCUCCAGCAAGUUCAACACCAGUAGGACCCCCUCCAACAAUCAGAACGGAACUAGCAGACUUGAUCUUCUCAUUUUCUGUGCACAUACAAAG